CUAGGUAAUUUAAAUAGCUCCUUGCGCAAUUUGAUGAAUAGUGUCGCUGAUACAGAUGAAGGCAGGCAUGUUGAUAGACAGACAGCUGUAACAGAGAGGAGAGGAAGAGGAGCUGCGUCAUGUCUCCUCCUCACGGCUACAUGUAACCAUUCAUCAGCGGAGCUGGAUGUCGGGGAGAGUUUGCUCAACUAUUACCGUCACCGUGCCGUCCCGGGCUUCAUGUUGUGUUGCUUUGCCUUUUUCUGGAAAGCUAUGGAGACCACAACGUGUCUAGUCUAAGUGCGCUGUGUCGAGCUUAUUGUGAUUUUUUUUUUUUCUCACCGUCUCAAACUUGAACGCAGGAGGAAAAGCUUCGGCUCGACAAGGAGCCGCUGAGGGCCCACAUCAGUAUGGUGAACAGCCAAGCGUCAGGCGUACCGCCGGCCCCCAGGUCGUGUGCAGGAUGUGGGGGGAAGAUCGCCGACCGCUUCCUGCUCUUCUCCAUGGAGCGCUACUGGCACACUCGCUGCCUCAAGUGCUCUUGCUGCCAAGCCCAGCUGGGGGACAUUGGCACCACCUGCUACAGCAAAGGGGGCAUGAUUUUGUGUCGGAGCGACUACAUCAGACUGUUCGGGCACAGCGGGGCGUGCAGCGCCUGCGGCCAGUCGAUCCCAGCCAACGAAAUGGUGAUGAGGGCACAGGGAAAUGUUUAUCAUCUCAAGUGUUUCAGCUGUGCCACCUGUAGAAACAGACUGAUGCCCGGCGAUCGCUUCCAUUACAUCAACGGUACAAUCUUCUGUGAGCACGACAGACCCGGCGCUGCCUUGCUCAACAGCCACCUGCCCCCACUUCAGAGCAACAACGUGUUGACAGACCAGAAGGUAUGCUGAGGGGCAGGAACGCUGCGUGUUGCCCUCGCCCUUCCUCCCGAAUCUUCACUUCUUCUCUCCUGCUACUGUCGCCGUUGUUGUGGAUUCUCAUCACCGCCCUGCCUCUCUUCCUCGGAGAGGACGCCGUUUCUCACAGAGAUACCCUGUCCUGUCACCAUAUCACAGACUCUAUACACCACAUACAGAGUUGCAUUUAUGUAGUGUUCGAUGUUAAAGUGGUCCGUGCAUCAUGCAAAGACUUACAGAAUGUGUGUGGACAAAGGCUCCUUCAGGACUGAGAGAAAGCUGGAGGACAAUAAUGAGGAUGAAAGCCUACACCGUCCACCGGAAGACGGAACAAAAGAAUGCUUAAAUGAACGUUUGAUGGACUGCAGUAAAAUGACUGUCAAAGCUUUGCUUAUGACAUGUGGCAUUAUUUCCCCUGAGUGUCAGUGUUUUUAAAGAACUCUUGAUCUCUCUCUUGUAUAUGUUAAUCUGAGAUUUUACACACUGGGGUUUGAAUAUAAAAUUGAUGGGUUUCAGGCAAGAAUCCAGGGCAUCUGAAAAUGUUCAGUCAUAGGAAAACCGAGUUAAAACGAGUUGAAACACUGCUUGUCAGAAGUGAGAUUCAAACCCGCACCGGAAACUUUUUUUAAGCACUCAAGGAAAACAAAAAUCUAAUGUUGCUGAUGGCUGUUAUUUCUGCACAAAGAAGAACUGAAAUUAUCCAGUGAAGGUCUUGUUGUUUUUCUUCUGUAGAGUUUUAUUUCUUUAUCAGAUGCCUGUUCAAUGUGUGGACUUAAAAACAAAAAUCCUAUUAAAAUGAUUUUCCUGUAACAUGUCA